AUGGCCACACAAUCCAAAAUGGAACCACUCCAAGCCGAAGUCGACGAAUCCGACCAAAGCUUCUUCCGUCUUCUAGUCAAUGGCCCUUCCGAAGAUAUGUGUUGUCGUCCUUCCCUAAUCUCCCUCUUACCCAAAUUAUUCCUACCAGGAGAUUGGAACGAUGGACUCGUCGCUCUAGAUGCAAAAGGCCGGCCACAUUUUAUAAGCUUAAACCAGACCCAAUUCCCCAGCGUGAAGAAUACCUGGCAUGAAACAUUUGUCGAUUACGUGGAUCUGUCAAUCGGACGAAGAUUACGAACGGGCAUUUAUGAAGCUAAAUGUCCAUUAUUCGAGGACGAUGUUGUCGUCAAAUUUGCUCGUUUUCAUUGGGAGAUUCAAUAUAUAGAGAAUGAAACUACGGCAUAUCAAUGGAUAUCUGGCCAUACAACAACUACAGCUACGACUACUCCUAUCGCUCCCCGAUUCCUGGGCCAUUUGACGGAAAUUGGUCGAGACCUUCAGGCUUGCAGAGGUCUCUUGUCUCGACUACAUGAUUUAGGAGUUCGACAUGGGGAUACAAAUCGAUUUAAUUUCCUGAUUCGUGAUUCCAAAGCUAUUUUGAUUGAUUUUGAUACGGCAAAGAAAUGUGAUGAUCGAGACUUGCUUCUGCCAGAGUUGGAUAGUUUAACGGCCUGUUUCGAAGAUUCGUCGGGCAGAGGAGGCGAAGGUCCUCUCUAA